AUGGACUGGUUGGCUGAGAAGUGAGAACACACAUGCUGACAGACUGGCCAUUUGAUCUCUGACACACACACUAUCUCCUAAUUACCUCAUUGUGUGUGCUGGCCCGUCUUUCUUUUCCCGGUGUGGCGGUUCCGGUACAUUAACGGCCAGGUGUUGUCGGUGAGCACGUAGACCUCUCUUACAUUACCCUCCAUCUCUCCCCCAUCCCUCCAUCCUCCUCCUCCAUUCUGUUCUCUGAUGUGUGGUAGAUGAACAGGUGUGAUAAGCAGCUAUAUUAAAGGACUGAUACACUGUAGGGGGUUAGUUGGUGCACAGACACAGGACAGGAAGGAAGGAGCACACAACAGGCUACAACAGGAGAGGAAGGAGCACACAACAGGCUACAAAAGCUGGUUAUACAUUUAUUUGGUUUUGUUUCAUUAAUUAUCUUUGCUGUCCUGUCCCACGUUCUAUAAUGUGUAAAGGACUGUCCUCCCUUCCUUCGUCAUGCUUGGAGAAGUGAGUAUGGAAGUAUGUAGUACUGUAUGUAGUGUGUAGUGUGUAGUAUGUAAUGUGUAGUAUGUAGCACAGGAGAUUGGCGGCACCUUAAUUGGGGAGGACGGGCUCGUGGUAAUGGCUGGAGCGGAAUUAGUGGGAUGGUAUCAAAUACAUCAAACACAUGGUUUGAUGCUAUUCCAUUAGCUCCUUUCCAGCCAUUAUUAAGAGCCGUCCUCCCCUCUGCAGCCUCCACUGGUAUGUACUGUGUAGUGUGUAGUGUGUAGUAUGUAGUGUGUAGUAUGUACUGUGUAGUGUGUGAGGAUGCAUCAUAGUUUCUAAAGAGAGACCACUGUGUUUUGUUGAAGCAGAAGGUUGAUGUGAUUGUUGAAGCAGAAGGUUGAUGUGAUUGUUGAAGCAGAAGGUUGAUGUGAUUGUUGAAGCAGAAGGUUGAUGUGAUUGUUGUAAACAUUUAGCUGUUGUGUUAUAGUCUUUUGAUUAGACCUCUAGAUAUAGAGCACAAACUAAAUGUGUGUGUAUGUGUGUGUGUGUGUAUGUGUGUAUGUAUGUGUGUGUGUGUGUGUGUGUGUGUGUGUGUUUCAGAGCAAAGGGGAUGCGGGUGAAGUUGAGUCACCUGGCUGACAAACAGGAGUGGACACAUCAUCACAAACACAGGUAACCUGUCUGUCUACCUUUACCCAUCCACCUGUCUGUCUACCUAUCCACCAUUCUACACUCUACCACAGGAUGGCAAACCUUCACUGACACCUGACAAGUUAUGUUAUCUCCCAGAGAUUAUACUCUUAGGCUUUAGCUCAGUGAGCUACUGCAGCCUUGAGUCGCGUCAGGAACUUUGGGGCGUUUAACUGACAAAAAAAGUGCUAAUUUUCAUCAGAGCUCGUCCCUGAUCUCUCCAUUUCUCUCCAUCCUCCAUUACUCUUCUAAAAGGGUCCACGAGGACAAGGCUCUUCAGGAUCUGGAGUCUCUACUCAACAGCAAGAGUAAGAUCUAGUCCCUCUCUUCUCUCUCUCCCUCUUCUUAGUCCCUCUCUUCUCUCUCUCCCUCUUCUUAGUCCCCCUCUCUUCUCUCUCUCUCUCCCUCUUCUUAGUCCCCCUCUCUUCUCUCUCUCUUCUUAGUCCCUCUCUUCUCUCUCUCUCCCUCUUCUUAGUCCCUCUCCUUCUCUCUCCCUCUUUUUCUUUCUUUCUUUCUUUCUUUCUCCCUCUCUUAUUUUCUCUCUCUCUCCUCUCUCUCUCAUUACAUUGAUAUGUUUCUGUGGCAAUGUAGUUUGACUUGUUGAAAUGUUGUCCUCCCCAUAUGAUUUUCAUCUUCUUUCCAUCUCUCCCUCUCUCCCCUUUAUCCCCCCCUCCUCCCCCCAGUUGGCCAGAAAGCCUUCCGCUGGUUCCUGCAGUCUGAGUUCAGUGAGGAGAACCUGCAGUUCUGGUUGGCCUGUGAGGAGUACAGGGUUACCCCCUCAUGGCAGCAGGGGGCCAAGGCCCAGUCCAUGUACUGCCAGUACAUCAACCCUGGCGCACCACAGGAGGUAGGUGGAGUGUUGUGUAGAUGCCGUCUAAAUGUUGUAUAUACAUUUUACUGACGUUGUAUAGAUGUUGUGUGAAGGUUGUAUUGCCAUUGCUUGAAUGUUGUAUAAGUAAGUAAGUAAGCCUUGUCCAAGCCAGAACAGUCCAGAGGGGCAGGGGCCCCCAUUUCUCCUAUUUCUGUAGCUUAAGGAAGCUUGAUGUACAAGUACACCCCCUGGACAGGAUGCUAGUGAACGUUGUAUAGGCGUUGUCUGAACAUUGUGUGUGUUGUUCCCAGGUGAACCUGGAUGCUGAGACCAGGGAGGCUCUACUGAGAGUGAUGGAGGAGCCUGCAGGCGACACAUUCCAUGAGGCCCAACAACAUGUCUACCACCUGAUGGCCAAAGACUCUUAUCCUCGCUUCCUGCGCUCCCCACACUGCCUGGAGGCCCUCAGGGCUCCUUAG